GUUUCGCUGAAGUUUCAGCAGGUAAGAGUUUAUGUAAUAUACGAAUUACGUUUACGUGAUUAAAUGUUUAAGAAAAAAUUGUAACUUUGAUAUAAUAUAUAUAUAUAAAAAAUAUAUAAUAAAUUGCAUAUAAAAUAAAUACAUUCUUCAACAUGGGUUUGAAGUUUGGAAAUUUGUACAAAAUAAGAGGGAUCGUUUAUUUCCGUCUUAGUCCUCAUGAACAGAAAGCUUUCAAAGGCUUUAUAUCAGAGGGUGUUCCAAAUACUAUUAGACGCUUCCAUAGUUCAGUAUACCGUUAUUUACCAAUAUUCGCUUUCAACUAUUUGGUAUACUUAUGGGCCUUAGAAACACAUCACAAACUAAGCCGUAAAAAUCACGCUCUUUACAAGGACGAUGUUUAAACUAUUUAAAUAAUUUAAAUAUAAAUUAAUAAGUAGUGUUAUCUCUCAUCGAAGUUGUUACGAUGUAUAAUACGAUGGAAGUUGUAUGAUCGCAUAUUUCAAUAAAUUAACUGAUUCGUUUAAACCAUGAAUACAAA